ACGGGCUCUUCUGCUGUUGGUUUCUGGCACCCUCUGGGAUGAGAAAUCUGCACUCAGUUUCCCCAGAAAGGAGAUAAAAAAGCCGUCCGUGACUGUGCUCAAGAACGGAAGCCCCGGAAGGUCCCCCACAUCUGGAGAGGGGGGGGGCUGGCUUCUCCUCUCUGCACAGGGAGGGCUUCGUGUUAAGGCCCUUUGGACUCAGUAUCGGGACACUUACCUCAUCCCAACGGAACCGGUGAAUUUCCCUCUGAGGAUUCUAGGAACAAAGCCAGAAAAAGGCCGUUCCAAGUUCUAGGGGGAGGCGUUGGGGAAAGCCUUUCUGUGACCCUGAUCCUCGUUCUCCCGCUUGGGAGAAAUCAGGAUUUCAGGCUCCGUUUAGAACUUGUUCUCUGUUUCCAGCUUCUUAAAGCUACUUACCCUGUGAAUGUGAAUAAAUCGUCCCCUUCCCCCAAGUUCAGCAGGCUGGAUCGUGGGAGUUUCAGGCCAUUUUGCCCUUCUGAUUCCCACGAAGUUCUUUGUGAAUUAUAAAUGGACGGGAUGUCUCCCCUCCUAGACCCCAUGAGAUGGUUCAUGGGGCUGUCCUGGAAAUGUCACUGGGGAGCUCCCCUUCUGGGGGGCAGAGGCGGGGGAAAGGACUCCCCAUUCCAUUCCUCCAGAGGUUCUGGUUUGAGCCCUGGGAGAGUCCACUGUAGUUCUAGGACAGGAGGAGGGGCUGGAUUCAUAGAUUCUAGAGUCCUCCCACCCCCAGGAGGGUAUCUCUAGGUGGUUGGGUCCUUUGUGAGGCAGGCUGGCGGAGGCUGGGGUCAGGGGUCAGAGUGGGUGGUGGGUCUCGGUGGACCCCCCACCCCCCUCCCCGGCACCUGGGCCGGGCCCCGCCCCCACCACUCACAUCAUGGCGAGUGUGGUGGUUAAGACGAUCUGGCAAUCCAAGGAGAUCCAUGAAGCCGGAGACCCCCCGGCAGGGGCUGAGAACCGGACUCCAUUGGGGCCUGAGGUCCCUGGGGCUGGAUCUGGCCCAGGAAAGGGGAUCACGAAGAAAAAGAAGGCUGUGUCUUUCCAUGGGGUGGAGCCCCGGAUGUCCCACGAGCCCAUGCAGUGGUGCCUGAACCUGAAGCGCUCCUCAGCCUGUACCAAUGUCUCCCUCCUCAACCUGGCAGCCGUGGAGCCUCCUGACUCUUCCAGGAUUGAAUCCACCGCCGAAGAGCUGCCAGCUCUGCCCGCCUCCGGAACGCCAUCCCCCCCGGCCCUGAGCCUGCCAUCCUCGGCUCCCACCUGGGCCCCCGACGACCCCGACAUCGCCGACCUGCUGAACGGGGUGAACAGCGGCUUGCUGCGAGCCAAGGACUCCAUCACCAGCCUCAAGGAGAAAACCACUCGGGUCAAUCAGCACGUGCAGUCGCUUCAGAGCGAGUGCUCCGUGCUGAGCGAGAACCUGGAGCGGAGGAGGCAGGAGGCGGAGGAGCUGGAGGGCUACUGCAGCCAGCUCAAGGAGAAUUGCCGGAAGGUGACCCGCUCAGUGGAAGACGCUGAGAUAAAGACAAACGUCCUGAAGCAGAACUCGGCCCUGCUGGAGGAGAAACUCCGGUUCCUCCAGCAGCAGCUGCAGGAUGAGCCCCCCAGAAGGCAGGAGGCUGAGCAGUUGGAACUGGAGCAGCAGAUGGAGACCGGACUGUCCCGUCACUCGAUGGUCUCCUCCUGCCCCACUUCGAGCCCCGAAGAGAUCCUGGCCCAGGCCGAACCCGAGUCCCAGCUCCAGCCCGAGCCCCAGCUGCACCCAGACCCGGAGCUGGAGCCUGGGGCCGUGCUCGUCUCCGGGCCCACGUCCAUGCUCCUGAUGGGCAGCCCCACGGAGGCCCCCGGACCCCGAGUCACAGCCGUCCCCGGAGAUGGGUCCGAGGCCCAGAGCGAGGGCCAGGGCCAGGGCCGCACAGGAGACAGCGGAGAGCUGGAGCUUCAGAAGGUCACCGCCGGCCUGGAGGAGCUCAGGAGAGAGGUGUCCUCGCUGACUGCGCGCUGGUAUCAGGAGGAGGGCGCCGUGCAAGAGGCACUUCGCUUGCUCGGAGGCCUCGGGGGGCGGCUGGACGGCUUCCUGGGCCAGUGGGAGCGGGCCCAGAGGGAGCAGGCCCAGACUGCGCGGGGCCUCCAGGAGCUGCGGGGCCGGGCGGACGAGCUCUGCACCAUGGUGGAGCGCUCGGCGGUGUCCGUGGCUUCACUGCGCGGGGAGCUGGAGGGCCUGGGUCCGGUGAAGCCCGUGCUGGAGGAGUUAGGUCGACAGCUGGGCAGCGCCCGUCGCGGCUCCGAGCUCUCCAUGACCUUGGACCGGCCGGGCUCCUGCACUCGCUGCGGCAGCCAGGGGCAGCAGCUGUCGUCCGAGUCCCUGCAGCAGCUCCUGGAGCGGGCCCUGACGCCCCUGGUGGACGAAGUGAAGCAGCGCGGCCUGGCACCGGCGUGCCCCAGCUGCCAGCGCCUUCACAAGAAGAUCCUGGAAUUAGAGCGCCAGGCACUAGCAAAGCACGUGCGGGCUGAGGCUCUGAGCUCCACUCUGAGGCUGGCUCAAGAUGAGGCCCUCAGGGCCAAGAACCUCCUGCUGACAGACAAGAUGAAGCCUGAGGAGAAAGUGGCUGCUUUGGACUACCUGCAUCUGAAGAUGUGUUCCCUCCAUGACCAGCUCAGCAGCCUCCCACUAGAGGGAUCAGCCACGAGCCUGGGGGGAGGGAGCAGCGGAGGAGCCCCUCCAAAACGUGGGGGGCCUGCGCCUGAGCAAUAAAACCUCAACCCCA